AUGGAAGAGGAGGACGAGGAUGUGAGGAAGAAAAAGAGAAAAUUCCAGCAAUGGGGGUGGGUUGUGGUUUUAGUACGUGGGAGUGGGGCCCCCGAUUCUAGGGCUUUCCUCCAUCUCCCCCCACCUUCUCCACUCACUCCGAUACUUUCCAUGACAAAAGGGAAGCUUAUAUUGAUUUGCCAGUCUGGUGGUGAGUUUAUUACCCAUGAUGAUGGAACCUUAUCAUACGAGGGAGGAGAGGCAAAUGCUGUGAAUAUAAAUCAAGAUACUUCUUUUGAAGAUCUGAUAAUGAAAUUGGCUGAAAUGUCUAAUUUAGAUCACCGAACAAUUUCGAUCAAGUACUUUCUCCCAGGAAACAGGAGGAAUCUCAUCACUUUGAGAAAUAACAAAGACUUGAAAAGAAUGAUUGAUUUUCAUGGGCAUUCAGUGACUGCCGAUGUUUUUGUCAAUGGUAAAGAAGGAUUUGACCGUGAUGCCAUCAAAAUACAUGCUAGCAGGGAAAAUGUUAUAAAACUGGCAGAGACCGUAAAUCAUGUUGGCGCACCCUCAACUUCUAUCAAUACAGUUGCCCUUGAUGUUGAACCUCUCUCUGCCCAUGCUAUUGCUGAACUUGAUGCUUAUGCUCCUCUUCAUGCUCCUACUGGUUCUGCUGCAGCGUCUGAUGCUGACGGUUCAAGCGGCAGUCAUGCAUCGACUGCCUCAUCUCCAUCUUCUGAACAUGAUUCCGAUUACGAUUCUGAUUAUAAGCCGCGCGUAUCUGUUGCUUUUGACAUAAAUUCUCCAAGCCCAACUGGCAUUGAUACAAGUAAUAGCCCAGCAGAUGCGGUUAAAAAGCGGAGGCGCACUGCCUCAUGGAAGAGUGGUGCACACGGUCCAAUGGUGGUUGCAGUUGGUGAUAAUGAUGUAGAAAGAAGAUCGCGGAAAAGGAAGAACCAAAAUAAAAGUACUGUUGCUGUAAGUGAUGAUAGUGUCUCAGCUAUUGCUUUCUAUGAUGAUGAUUUGCCAGAGAAAGUAGUUGCUGAAUGGAAAGAUCGUAUUACUGGUGUGGGGCAGGAUUUCAAAAGUGUGAAAGAAUUUCGGGAGGCACUGCAGAAGUAUGCUGUUGCUCACCGCUUUGUUUACAAAUUGAAAAAGAAUGACGCUAAUCGUGUGAGUGGCAUAUGUAUUGCGGAGGGCUGUUCUUGGAAAAUUCAUGCAUCUUGGGUUCCUGCUGACGAGUCGUUUAGGAUAAAAAAGUUUGACAAUACACAUACAUGUGGAGGGGAAUCUUGGAAGAAUGCUCAUCCAUCCAAGAAUUGGAGAAACUCGAAGGGGCCAUUCAAUGGGGAAGGACGAGGUGCCUUACCUGGACUGUUUCUAGCUGCUGGACAUGCAGCUCGACUCAAUGUUUUCAAAAAGUUCACCGAGCAGAUUAGAGAGAUUUCUCCAAAUGCUUAUGAUUGGGUUAUUCAAAUUGAGCCGGAGCAGUGGACAAGUUCGCUAUUCAAAGGUGAGCCAUAUAACCAUAUCACACAACAUGUAGCAGAACCAUAUGCUAAGCUGAUGGAGGAAAUACGGGAAUCAACUAUAAUGCAGAAGAUAGAAAGCCUAAUAUGCAUGGUGAGUGAAUUGAUAAAUACUCGUCAAACAGAGUCAAGUAAAUGGACUACAAAACUCACUCCAUCCAAAGAGAAAAAGAUCCAGGACGAAGCUUUUAAAGCAGAAAAUCUGCAAGUGUUUAUGGCAUCAGAUACUCUAUUUGAGGUUCAUGACGAAUCUACUCAUGUAGUGAAUAUUGAGAAACAGGAUUGUACUUGCCUAGAAUGGAAAGAAUGUGGAUUACCAUGUCGACAUGCUAUCGCUUCCUUCAAUAUUGCUAGGAAGAGUGUGUAUGAUUAUUGUCCAAGACACUUCAGCAUUGAUGCUUACAAGUCGACAUAUUCAGAGUCCAUAAACCAUAUUCCUGAAAUUGGUGCACCAGUGGGAACCGAAGAGACUGAUUCUGACGCCACGCAUGUGCUUCCUCCUCCCCCUCGAUCACCAGAUCAACAACACAAGGCAAAGAUCAAAAUAGAGGAUCCAGAUAAGAGGACAGUCACUUGUUCGAAGUGCAAGCAACUCGGGCAUAACAAAGCAUCAUGCAAGACCAGCUUGUAG